GAGGGGAGAGGCGUCGUCCUCAGCAAAAUCGCCAGCUGCUGCGGCGCGCGCGCGCGCCUGCCACUAUCGUCGUCCUUGGUGGAGGAAGCGCGGGGGAUUGGGAGUGUUCGGGUGUUGUGCUCGCCGUCGCCGCGGCUCUCUCGGUUCCGGCGCCGGCUUGGGGUUUCUCCCUCUGUUUCUCGGACAGUUUAAGUUUCACUCAUACAGUAGGGGUGCGGUGCGUCCGUGCGUGCGUGACCAAUCUAACCUGAACCUACUUUGGGGUUGCAAAAGUUCUGUAUGCAAUGGAAGGGGGUGCAACUGUAGCAGAUAAGGCUGAAUUUAAGGAAUGUCUGCGGCUGACCUGGACCCAGCCUUACAUUCUUCGGCUUGUUCUCUCUGCCGGCAUCGGUGGUCUUCUUUUCGGAUAUGAUACAGGUGUCAUAUCUGGAGCACUGCUGUAUAUUCGAGAUGAUUUUAGUGCAGUGGAAAAGAGCACCGUUCUUAGGGAAACAAUAGUGAGCAUGGCUGUAGCUGGAGCCAUAGUCGGAGCUGGACUUGGUGGCUGGAUGAACGACAAGUUUGGAAGGAAGCCUUCCAUCUUGAUCGCUGAUGCCCUGUUCCUCGCAGGUGCCUUGAUCAUGGCCCUCGCCCCAACACCGGCGGUUAUCAUUGUUGGGAGGAUCUUUGUCGGUCUUGGGGUUGGAAUGGCUUCCAUGACAGCGCCUCUGUACAUUUCCGAAGCCUCUCCCGCUAGAAUCAGAGGUGCACUUGUGAGCACAAACGGGCUUCUGAUCACCGGAGGGCAGUUCAUGGCGUACCUCAUUAAUCUGGCCUUCACUAAGGUAACAGGAACCUGGAGGUGGAUGCUUGGCAUUGCAGGAGUUCCUGCUCUGCUUCAGUUCAUACUAAUGUGGAUGCUACCUGAAUCACCGAGGUGGCUUUACAGACAGAAUAGGAAAGAGGAGGCUGCAGCGAUAUUAAGAAAGAUUUACCCCGCGACUGAGGUUGAACAAGAGAUCGAUGCGUUGCGCCGAUCGAUUGAAGUGGAGAUACAGUUGGAGGGCUCCAUUGGCGGUGAUCAGGGUCUGCUUGGAAAGCUGAAGAAGGCACUGGGAAGCAAGGUCGUCCGCCGGGGCCUCAUGGCCGGCGUCAUCGCGCAGGUCGCCCAGCAGCUCGUCGGCAUCAACACCGUCAUGUACUACAGCCCGACGAUCGUCCAGCUGGCGGGCUUCGCGUCGAACAACACGGCCAUGGCGCUGUCCCUCAUCACCUCGGGCCUCAACGCCAUCGGCUCGAUCGUCAGCAUGUUCUUCGUGGACAGGGCCGGCCGCCGUCGCCUGAUGCUCAUCAGCCUCGUCGGCAUCGUCGUGUGGCUCGCCGUGCUCGGGGGCACCUUCCUCGGCGCCGCGCACCACGCGCCGCCCGUCAGCGACCUGGAGACGCGGCUGUUCGCCAACCAGACGCAGACGUGCCCGGAGUACAGCCCGCGCGCUAGCUGGAACUGCAUGAACUGCCUCAAGGCCGAGUCCACCUGCGGCUUCUGCGCCCAUGAAGGGAACAAGCUUCUUCCCGGCGCGUGCCUGGCGGUGAGCGACGCGUCGCGGCGGACCUGCCACGCCGACGACCGGGAGUUCUACACGGAAGGGUGCCCCAACAACUUCGGGUGGCUGGCGCUGGUGGCGCUCGGCGCGUACAUCGUCUCCUACUCGCCCGGCAUGGGCACCGUGCCGUGGAUCGUCAACUCGGAGAUCUACCCGCUGCGGUUCAGGGGCGUCUGCGGCGGCAUCGCGGCGGUGGCCAACUGGGUGUCGAACCUCAUCGUGACGCAGACGUUCCUGAGCCUCACCAAGGCGCUCGGCACGUCGGCCACCUUCUUCCUCUUCUGCGCGGUCUCCCUGUUCGCGCUCGUCGUCGUCUUCUUCACCGUGCCGGAGACCAAGGGCCUGCAGUUCGAGGAGGUGGAGAAGAUGCUGGAGAAGAAGGAUUACAAGCCGUGGAAGAGAUACCGCCCCGACGUGCCGUCCAAAGGGCGCGAAAUCGGCCUCGCAGUUCCCUGAAGGAAGAACCAGUGUUUGUUUUUUUUUUAGUAUUUGGGUUUAAUGAGCAAUAAUGUGUACUCGUUUAUACGUAGAGUUGGCCAUUGCCAAUAGAAGUUGAUUGGUUAUUGCACUG